AUGCGCGCGCCGCGCGAGCGCGACGCGUUCGCGACCGCGCUGUGCGUCAUCGUCGCCUUCCGCGCGCUCGGCGCGAUCGUCAACGCGACGACGUUCGAUUGCGACGAGGCGUUCAACUACUGGGAACCGCUGCACGCGCUCACGCACGGCCACGGCCUGCAGACGUGGGAGCACGGGAGCGCGUACGCGCUGCGGUCGUACGCGUAUUUAUUCCUGCACUACGCCCCGGUGCGGGCGGCGCGAUGGGCGCUCGGCGAGGACGCGGGACGCGCGGCGUUCGCGUGCGGCCGCGGGACGCUGGGACUGGCGAGCGCGUGCGCGGAGGCGGCGCUCGUCAGCGCGGUGCGCGCGCGGAAGGCGCUGGUGGGGUCGGUGUUGAUGAUGAUACUGGCGACGAGCUCGGGGAUGGCGAUCGCGUCGACGGCGAUGCUGCCGAGCUCGUUCGCGAUGACGUGCGUGACGGCGGCGUGCGCGGCGACGCUGCGAGGCGAGCACAGGCGGGCGUGCGUGGCGUGCGUCGUGGCGGUCGUGUUCGGGUGGCCGUUCAGCGGGAUCGCGGUGGUGCCGUUCGGGUUGUGCGCGGUGCACGCGAUCGGGUUCUGGGCGGUUUUCGGGUGCGUGGUCGCGGCGACGGCGAUUUCGGCGGCGAUUUCGGUGGCGUGCGAUACGUACAUGUAUAACGACAUAUCACGGUCGGGAGGUUGGAAAAUCGUCAGUUCGGUGUACAAUUUGCUAAAGUAUAACGUCGCGAGUGGGAAGAGCGAUUUGUACGGCACGGAGAGCGCGACGUUUUACGCGAAGAAUCUGGCGUUGAAUUUUCAACUCGCCGCCGCGCUCGCCAUCUUCGCCCCGUUCGCCAUUCGCGCGUACAGGAACAAUUGGCGCGCCAUGAUUGCCGUGUGCUCGCCGUUUCCAAUCGUCACCGCCUUCUUCACUUGGAUUCCGCACAAGGAGGAACGGUUUUUGUACAUGAUUUAUCCGUGCCUGUGCUUGAGCGCGGCGAUUACGGUCGGUGCGCUCGCCGAAAGUGCGUUGGGUCUCAACGCGCACGCGUUCGGGAAAUCGCGCGUCGUUAAACUCGGCGUCGUCGUCGGCGUCUGCGGCUGCGUCCUCACCGUCAUGGUGCUUUCGCUGUCGCGCACCGCGGCUUUGCUGCAAUAUUACGGCGCGCCGGCGAAGAUGUAUCACGCGCUGCCGAUGCCGUCAUCGCGCGCGAACGGGAACGCCUGGCCGGCGUGGCUCGCCGAGGAAUUCGCCGCGGGCGGCGACGACGCCACCGUCGACGUGUGCGUCGGGGACGAGUGGUACAGAUUUCCUAGCUCCUAUCACUUCCCAUCGAACAAGUAUCGCCUUCGUUUCCUCAAGGCUGGUUUCGACGGCGCGCUCCCGAUGCCGUUCGAUUUUUCCAAGGGUGGCACCGCGCACACCCCCGAGGGCUUGAACGACGACAACCGGGCGCACCCAAACCAAUACGUCGACCCUUCGUCGUGUCGUUUCCUCGUCGAAGCCGAAUUCGAGCGCGGCAACGCGCACAGCGCCUCAAAAGAUUUCGUCCCGGGCGAAUGGAUCGACGUCGCCGUGGAAAAGUUCAUCGAUCCAUCUCGAAGUCCCACGCUCACGCGCGUCUUUUACAUCCCCGGAUACUCGGAGAAGAAGAACGCGUACGUCGAUUACAAACUCAAACGCCGCGCGCGCGCGCCGACGUCCCCGACGGACGCGUGAGACGUCGUCUCCAUCAUCACCCCGAUCG